AUGAGUUUAACUAUUGAAAAUCUAAUUGUCGAGAUGAAACAAGAACGAACAAAAACAAAAAAUGUUGAAGAUGAUGAUUUCAUAGUUGUUCAACAAAUAAAUAGUCAAUGGCCAAAAAUAUUUGAUACGUAUUUUUUAUCAACAACACGUCUUGCUCAAACAAUAGCUGGUACAUCAACUGAUGAUGAUCUUAUUUUUUAUGUUACACGUAAAUAUACAGUAGAAGUUUUUCGUCAUCAUGAUACAAAACGUCAACCAAAAUUAGCAUCACCAGACUAUGAUUGGGAAGAAACAACCAAUCUUAAUCUUGUUCUUCAUCAAUUUGAAUAUACAGUAACAACAGCUGUUUGUCUUAAACCAAGUAGUAAACAUUUACAAAUUAUAAAACGGUUAUCAACAAAAGUUUAUGCAAGUCCAUCACAUCGUAAUAUGGAAAAUAAAGGAACAGGAGAAAAAAUAACUUAUCCAAAUAUUUAUUUUACUGUUGAUAAUUUUGAAGACAAGUUUUGUGAAAUGGUUGCCAAUGAAGGUCAAAUUGUAUGUGUUGAAUUAGUAGCAAGAAAUCCUGCUUUAAAUGUUUUAAGAGUUUUAUUUCUUGGUUCUAUUAAAUAUGAAGCUUUAAAAAAAGUUUAUGAAACUCGAGCCACAACGAGUACUCGUGUCGCUCAACGAAUGUCAUUAGGAAUGUAUACAAAACGACGAGUGGAAUUUGUUCGAAUGCGUGGACCCAAUGGCAAAGGUCAUGCAGAAAUGGCUGUUAGUCGAUUUCGACCAAUUCAAUCUGAAUUAACAUCACCUGAAUCAACUCCAACAACACCAAUGACAAAUACAUUUGAUGAAGAAAAUGAUUGGAAUCAACGUCGUACAAUUGAUAAUGAUUCAGCGAGCCAAUGGGUUCCACCAACAUCGAAACAACAACGAAGUUCAUCUGAUGCAGCCACACCAGAGGUUGAAUCAACAGAUAUUCAAAAAGAAUUAUCUGAUGAUACAAGUGGUUUUCUUGGUCGUACAUUAAAUCAAGCAAUGAGUUGGAUGCGUGGAUCAAAUUCAAAUCUUAAUCAAUCAAUAAAAACUCCUCCAUUACAAACCUGUCUUACAUAUCUAACAUUACCUUGUCAUUUAAUUGUGAAAGAUAUUCUUGAAUCAAAUUCAAUACCUAUUCUUACAGCUCAGUGA